AUGAGAAUACUUAGUACAAUCUAUCUAUCUAUCUAUCUAUCUAUCUAUCUAUCUACAAGGAAAGUCAUAUUUAUAUGUGUACAUAUAUUAUGUGCAAUCUAUCUAUCUAUCUAUCUAUCUAUCUAUCUAUCUAUCUAUCUAUCUAUCUAUCUAUCUAUCUAUCUUUUUUUUAAUUUUUUUAUAAUUGGAGAUUAUAUCUAUCUAUCUAUCUAUCUAUCUAUCUAUCUAUCUAUCUAUCUAUCUAUCUUAGUCUGUUCACAUCUAUCUAUCUAUCUAUCUAUCUAUCUAUCUAUCUAUCUAUCUAUCUAUCUAUCUAUCUAUCUAUCUAUGAUCAAUAUUAUAAGCUGUGACAUUUCUUUGACGCUCCAAACAAUGCGCAAAGAGUACACGAGCCAUGCCGAUAACCCUUUUACAGAAGGUGAUGAAGCUUCUGUACAUUUCUAUCUAUCUAUCUAUCUAUCUAUCUAUCUAUCUAUUAGUCUGUUCAUAUCUAUCUAUCUAUCUGAUGUGUGUGCAUGUGUGUUUUCACGUUUAUGA